UAGAGCUGAUAUGUUGAUUCCGGGCACGAAAUGUGGUUGUUUGCGUUCCUCACGCUCUGGGCACUUUUUGCACGUGUUGGCACAUUUUCGACACUUGUGAGAGAGUAACUUAUUUUUACUCUCAAAUUACCGGAGCAGCCCGGAAAGCGUGGGGAACGAAGCAUUGAAUCAUGCCAACUAUUCAAGCUGGAGUUGUAAAACCAUCGAUAAUAGAUAUAUCCAUCGAUAGUUUUUGAUAGUUUUGAAAAAACAUCGAUGGUCUUCGAUAGUCUCCAAAAAAUUAACUAUCGAUAGUGCCAUCGAUAGGUUUGCAACUCUACUUGGUGGAAAUCUCGAGUCGACUGGUUGCUGAUGAUCUUUGUAAACAAUGGAUAUAAACACGGUGGUUAAUACACCUUCUGUUGAAACUAUUUUUGUUCCUGGCUGCCCGAAUAUUAAGACGCAGGCGUCUCAUCGAAGAGUAGUGAAAGAGCAAAUUUUUGUUGCCAAUUUACCAGUAAUUACUGAGACGAACGUUGCCAAAACAGAGUUCAUAUCGGAUGAUGAUUGUGAAGCAAAUAACAGUGCAUUAAGCAAAGACGACUACGCCACCAAUAGUAACAGUGACGAUUUUGAAGCAUACAAAAGAGAUUUUGAAGAAAAUCUAAAAAAAAGCGCAAAAAUCGAUAUAAAUAAAGUAACUAAACAGCCCACAAAAAAACGUUUAAAACUUUCUGAAAGAGUCACAGAAGAGCCCAAGUUCGUGUGCAAUAUAUGUUCAAUGGGGUUUCAACGUGUGAACAAUUAUACCAUCCACAUGAAGAAAAAGCACAAAAUUGUUGGGGCAACUACUCCUUACAGUUGCCCUAAUUGUCCACGAAAGUACGAAUUUGAGUAUGAGUUGAAACGACAUAUGCAAAAGUACAGACCGCUAGAAGAAAGACUUGUCCAUCCUUGCUCACACUGUGAUCGGAAAUUCCAAACAAGAGUUCACGUGGCUCGACAUAUAAAGUUUGUUCAUGACAACAUACGUCCAUUUAUAUGUGAAGAAUGUGGAGAAGCUGUGCAUACAAGUACCACCUUGCGGGAACAUAUGCUCACCCACACAGACUAUUCGCCAUUCGAGUGUAAAGAAUGUGGGAAGUGUUUUAAGCAGAAACAGCGUCUGAAAAGACACAUGGAUAUUCACGGAGAAAAACAUAUCUGUACAAAAUGUGGCAAGCAGUUGAGUUCUCGUUGCACACUUAAUAAGCACUUGCUGGUUCAUUCAGAAGGAAAGCCACAUAAAUGUGAAUAUUGCGGACGUGCCUUCAAGCUUUCUAAAACGCUGAAAGUACAUUUAAAUACACACACUGGAGAUAAAAUUUACGCCUGUGAUUUUUGCGAUAAAACUUUCACUGCUCCCUCUAGUCGUCGUCAGCACAAAAAGAAAAAACAUCCAAAGGAAUUACUUGAACAAGAGAGGUUAACAGCAGAGUCUAUAGAAACAAAAGGUGUAGAAAGCUUAGUCCUACCUAACCUGAAUAUAUAAAAAAAAGGUGUAGGAAGCUCAGUCCUGCCUAACCGGAAGGAUUUGAACCGGUCAAGUAGUGUCGCUCAGCAGCAUUCACUAAAACUCUUUGGGAAGUCUACACAACAAACACAUGUAAUUGAAUCGAGGCAGCAGUAUGCAGUUUUCCCGAAUGCUUUCCAAUACAGCCCUCGAAACUGCUUGGCUUCAUCAGAGCACUAGGGCUGGACGAUGUGUUGUGAUGAGCUCUGAGAGCUGAAUAGACCUAAGGUCGCAGUGCACAUCCUCUAACAAAUCUAUCUAUCAAUACGUCUCCGACAUCAUGGGUUACGUUAGCGUAUUGUUGGAAUCAAUGAUUUUUUUCACAUUUACUAUUGUAUACAUAUGUACGUAUGGAUAAAGAUUAUUUGUACAUAUUUACUAAA